AUGGUGCACCUGCCGGUUUUCACGUUUACAGCACAUAUUCAGUAUAAGAGGAUCCAGAAGGAUAAGCCAGUCACCUUUACCUGUGGAAAUUUAACCGAGGGCUCAGUGAUGUGGAGCAGAGACAGAGACGGAGAAAGGGAAGAUAUUGGCGAAAUUAAGAAUGGAUUUAUCAAUCGUUCCAAUGAUCCUAUCAAAAAUUACAAUAACAAAGGUUUGUCUCUCAUGAUCUCACUCGUCUCACCCUUCUACGCUGGAUUAUACUACUGUAACAGCACUGCAGUCGCCUGUCUCACUGUCAUAUCAGGUCCUAAUGUGACGGAUACGUGUGAGAACGCUGAUCUGAAAACAAGAAAGAGCUGGGCAGGCCUGGCAGUGGUGGGGAGCGUGCUGAUAGCAGUGGUUUCCGUUUUCACCUGGAGGUGGUUUUCACGGAAGAAUAUAAAGGUAGAGGAUGAAGAAGUGCCGGAGCAUGUCUACGCCUCCAUUGAUUAUAAGAUUUCUGAUAAAGCAGAAACAGGUGGAUGUCGGAGGCAGAAGGAGCAGGAAGAUAUAUAUUACCUCGCCACUCAUCCAGACCCAGGUCCCACAGGUCUUCUAAAUGAUCCCACCUAUUCAUUGAUCCAGAAUCCGGUCAACACACGGCAGAAAGCUGAUCCUGAUGGAGAAGGGCUGUACAGUCUGGCUCAGAGACCGUCCUCAACAGCAGAAGAUCCACAAACAUCUAAAACUGAUUCUUAA